CAGGUGCUUUACUCAUUUUUUUCGUGUGGUUCACAAAAUGACGCGGGGGGUUAGAAUAUGUUAGGGCGCAUGAGUGUGAAAUUGCCAAGUCUGCUGAGGAAGGCAAACAACUACUGUUCUUUCCGUGUUUGGUUUAUUUAUUGUUGGUUUACUUGGCGUUUUAACUAACAAAUUUAAGUUUAAAAUUAGUAUUUAUUUAUUGUUUUUAAUUUGAUUUUCUUUUCAAUCAAAUAAUUUGCAAUGUUAUUACAGUAUUGGCAGUGUUUGUGUCUUAUUUGCAACUUUUAUGCCGCACUGUGAAUUUUAAUUCAACAUUUAAUAAAAAAAAAUAAAGCCACAGUCAUGAAUAAAUUUAUACAAUCUAUAAAGUCAUUUAAAUAAAUAACUAAUUGUUUCAUGAUUAUAACAAAAACUCACGGCUGUCUGGAAACCUCAUAUAUAAAUAAAAAAAAUCUAUUUGAUAUUGAAUCUCAAACACAUCUUAAAAAUUUAUUGGUCGGACUAUAAGGUAAAGCCUUGUCAUUCCGUGCUCUUUUGAAAUGCAUGAUUUCAGACAUUUUUAAGUGCGCGGCUUCAAAGUUUUAUAUAAAUUGCGUGGUUUGUAUACUCAUUUGGAGUCUAAGAGUAAAGCAGACGCACUUAAACUGUCUUCAAUCCCCAAGAUAUUUAAUGGUGAGCCUAAUUUCAAACAAGCAGCUCUAAGAAGACGUGUUAUAGUCCGUUUCAGCGUGUUAAUCGGUGAGGAAAGAAAAAAAAACAACCGUAUAUGCAAGCGCUCGGCGUGCGUGCAUCCGCGAAUCGUCCAACUCCGUGAUAUAUGUUCGUAUUUGUAUCCCAUUGAAGAAAUUUUGGGUGAAUGCACUCGCCGACACCUGCCCGGCAUGGCUGAGCGCCCAUCAGAACGGGUUUACAUGCACACGCGAAUCUGGUAACACAAUAAAAAGAUGGUAUUGGAGUGCGUUUGUCUGUCUGUCUGUCGGGCGAGCGGGCGCGGGCAUCCGUACGAGUGCGCGGCGGUAGAUCCGCUUUUGCCACGGACAGGAUUCGUGGCCAGCGGGCAUCGCUCUGCUGCAAACGCAGCCAUGAGCGGCAAGGAAGAGGACGACGAGCAGGAGGACGCCUUCGAGUACUGCCCGGGCGGAUACCACCCUUUGACCUUUGGGGAGUGGCUAAACCAGGGACGCUACUUCUGCACCAGGAAGCUCGGCUGGGGACAGUUUUCCACCGUCUGGCUCGCAUGGGACAACCUGGAAAAGCGUUUCGUCGCGCUCAAGGUGAUCAAAAGUGCGCAGCAAUAUGCCGACGUUGCCCGGGAUGAAAUGAGAUUGCUGGCGGAAGUAAGGAGGCACCACUCGCAAGAAGGCAUAAUCGGCGCCGACAGAGUGGUCCAAAUGCUGGACAGCUUCACCUUGACGGGACCGAACGGCAAUCACCAAUGUAUGGUCUUCGACGUGCUCGGCGUCACCCUGCUCAAAUUGAUUGCUGAAUCAGACUACAAAGGAAUACCGCUGACACACGUCAAACAAGUGAUCCGUCAGGUCCUGGAGGGGCUGCACUACUUGCACGCUGUAUGCGGCGUCAUCCACUGUGAUAUUAAACCGGAAAACAUCUUGUUGGCAACCACUCAGGACCAAGUGAGGAGACUCGCUGCCGAGGCGUUUGAUCUUGUCGAGUCUGGCCGGUCUCUCCCUGCCUCUUUCACGUGCUCCUGCUCCUUGGCACUGAGACGGAGGAGGUCCUUGUGCUUCUGGGACAAAGUCAGAUACAGUAUCCUUGGUCCAGAGGAUGUGGGACUACCUUCCCACUUGAAGGAUGACACUGACAUGAGACGGCAGUUGCUGGUUGCAGCCGACCCUCUGGGUCCGUCCAGCGUGGUAAUCGCAGACCUAGGCAACGCCUGCUACAUCGACAAUCACUUCUCAGACGAAAUCCAAACGCGCCAGUACCGUUGCUACGAGGUUCUGAUCGGCGGCGAGUACGGGCCCUCCGCGGACAUCUGGAGCGUGGCCUGCGUGGCGUACGAGCUGGCCACCGGCCGCUUUCUCUUCUCGGCGCAGGCCAACGAGCACGGCUCGGUGACGGAAAACCACCUUGCCGCCAUCGAUGCCCUGCUGGGGCCCGUGCCCAAACACAUCGCCCUCUCGGGCCACCUCUCCAGACGGAUAUACAUGCACGACGGACAGCUGCGACCUGACCUCAAGCAGGUGUCCACGAGCAUUGAAAAGCUGCUGAUGAAGGAGUCCGGCAUGGACGCGACCGAGGCUGGAAAGUUCAGUGACUUCUUGAAGUACUUGUUGGACCUGGACUGGAAAAAGAGGCCGUCAGCUUAUGAAGCUUUGCAACAUCCGUGGCUCAAGAACUGAUCGGAAACAUAAAAAUACAAAUAUUAAUAGCAGUGUACAUUUUGUGAUUAAAGCUUAUAAUAAUACAAAAAGCAAUUGCUUGUAAAGCAUGUGUAGCAAUUAAGCCUUAAAUAAAUAAUUUUUAUUGUUCUCUACAGAAAAA